AUGUCUGAAAAACUACUACAAACAUCGCAACCGGUUGAUUUUAGCCGACAACCAAGCAAUGUUGGAUUUGAUUUAGCCUAUUCGCCAUGUGAGGCAGGUAUGUUUAAUUUUCACAAAAUUCAUCAGGGUCAAAAAGCAUCGGCAUUCCUCAGAGAUGAGUCCGACGCUCCAACUCUGUCUGCGCUUUCGCCCGCUACUGGUAAAAGCUCUUCGUUGUUUGCUAAUUAUGCAACAAAUUCCAAGAAUAAUAAUACAUUAAAUACAACAGAUAAUAUACUGAAAAGUACUGGAAACACGAUAGGCGGCUCAACGGCAACAACUCCAUCCUUACCAGCAUCUGCGUCGUCCGCAUCUUUCUUCCCUCUCACAUCAGCACCGAAUAAAACACCAACAAGUUCGUUGACAGCGAAACCGAUUCAUGCCACAUCGUCCGCAUCAUCGUUAGCCACUCUGACAGAUGCUUUCAAAAGUGCAAUGGGUCGAGGUGCAUUAUCUGCGGUGCUCAACGAUCAAAAUAAACAACAUCAGCGUUCAAGUAGUUUAUCGAAAAAAGAACUAAAUCAUUUGUUUCCACAAUCAAUGUAG